AUGGUAGGGAGCAGACCUCGAAACCUCGACCUUCUUGCCCGAGGAACGCGCUCACCGGCCAAGUACAAACAGCAAGGCGCUGGUCUUGAACCCUCGACCUUCGAGCCCGAGCAAACCGCUCCAAAAAGGGAAUGGAAGCACUUUAAUAGCCUCAAUACCACAUUUACGAGAUCUACAAAGUACUAUUUUUAUGACAACUAUUUCGAUCUACCCGGGGCUCUUCUCUGUGGAAGAGUUGUGGAUAUGUUGCGCAAGCGUGGGAAUGAGGUGAAUUCAGACUUUUGGAAAGACAUGGUCGCUGCCAUCGACCACAAUUACAACACCUCAGCAUUUAAAGAGGAUGCUGGGUGGUACUUUCCCAGUGUGAAGAGGGACCCUGGACGUUACCUGCAGCCCUGCUCUGAGUCUGUCAAGACCUGGCUGAGGAGCAUGAAGAGUGCAGGGAAGGUCCUCCUGCUCAUCACCAGCUCCCACAGCGACUACUGCAGGCUCAUCUGUGACCAAAUCCUGGGGAAGGACUGGGAGGAGCUGUUUGACAUCAUCAUCACCAACGCCUUGAAGCCUGGAUUCUUCUCACUGGUGCCCCAACAGAGGCCCUUCAGGACCCUGGUGAAUGAUGUGGAGGAGAGCGAAGGGCUGCCAUCCCUGGACAAGCCUGGCUGGUACUCUCAAGGCAACUGGCCCCACCUCCACCAGCUGCUCAAGACCAUGACUGGCAAUCCUGAGCCCAAGGUGGUGUACUUUGGGGAUAGCAUGCGGUCGGACAUGUUCCCUGCUAGCAUGUUUGGGAAGUGGGAGACUGUGAUGAUCGUGGAGGAAAUGGAGGGAGAGGGCGUCCCGAGGAGCGAUGCAGCAGAGACCAAUGAGGCCCAAGUGGAGCCUCAGGAGAAGAAGGGAAAGUUUGAGGACCAGGGCAUGAAGGCGCCCUCUGCUCCAUCCGAACAGUGGGGAUCCUACUUUGUGGACACACACAAGACUCCUGGAGGGGAUGAGGAGAGCCAGAAACUCACCUGGUGCUGCCAUAGCAUCCACAAAUACAGCACAAUGGCCAUCCCCAGUGUGGAGUCUAUUGCAGAUCUCCCUCUGGACUACAAGUUCCCCAAGUUCUCUCCCAACAAACCCUGCACCACCGGCUACUACCCCAGACCCCCAGAUUCCCUGCUGAAGAAAUGCCAGAGUCAAUCGUCUUAGAGUCCUUCUUCCCAGAGUCGCCCCCCUCAACCUCCUCAUCCUAAUGGGGAGGAAUGUGCCUCCAUCUCACCUGUAGUUCCACACCUGAACCACGCCAAUCAUCCCUAGAGCACAGGAAAUCACGCUCACAUUGAUAGAAACCAUGGGAAUGUAAAAGCACAGUAUCGCUCUGUAAGUAACUUGGCUACAUUUGAACGUUGUUCUGUACGUGGAUUAUUGUACGUGUGUGUGGAAAAUGUGACUUGCCAAUUGUCUAGGUAUCUGUCAGCAUACAGUGCUGAUUAAAGCACAUUCAUAUUGUUUUAUGUGAAGACCACUAUUUUUUUUAUGUAGGUAAUUGGUGUUCCAGUUGAACCCCCUAUACUGUAAGUGCAUCAUUCAAUGUAAGUCAAUAACUCUUUAGAGUAGUAACAAACCUUUCAAGCCCCACAAAUAAUGUCCUGCAUUUUGUUUUUGUGUGUCCUUACCUCAAAUCUGAACUGAAAUGCAACGUUGAACAGUCCCAGCAGUGUUAGUCUCCCGAGAGAAAUUCAGAAUAAUCCAUUAUGCCUGGUAUUAGUGUGUGUAUAAUACAUAAACAGACAUUUUGGUUUUGUUUCGCUGUAUGCAUUUGAAUAACAGUACAUUUAGAUGCCCUUAAAAGGUAAAGCAUUUCCCCUGUAUUGAUUUUGUGUAAGGUGUUUAAGAGCAUUGUUCUUGAAGAAAUGGCACAAUCUGUCCUUGAUGUUACCUGUCUGUGGAAAAAAAAUGUAAUAAUAAAGGAAAACUGUAAUACUGGGUGGUUAAUACUAUGCUCUGUGUACUCUAUGUAUUAUCUUGGUGCAGCAGUAAACUAUAGUGCUUUUGGGGUGACUGUAAAAGUGUGGAAUACUUAGGCUUCAUAUGCAGUACCAAUUUGAAUAUAUGCUUUAACCGACUCCUGAAUGGUUACAUGUGUUGGUGGACUGCAUAUAGACUAGUUGUAUUAUAUUGAUCAGAAACUGUCUGAAUAUGCUUUUAAGAGUAUUUUGAUAGUAAGUACUGUAUUAGUUGAUAAGAGAGGACAGGAGACUUUAAUUGGGAAGCCAAAGUGGGUUAUUAUUUAUGUUAUAAAUAAUUGUUGGCGUUAAACACAAUGCAGCUUUAGUGAUCCAUUUACUUUUUUUCAUGUGAUUUGCAAAGUUUUAUAAGCCCAUUUGCCUUAUGUUCAAUUCAUUAGUGCUCUUAUGUUCUAUAGAAGAUACAGGGAAAGUGUUUAAUGUACUGUCUAUGAAAUAAAGAAAAAUGUUCUACAAUUUUGUUACACUGCCUUUUCUGGUACUUUGUAUGUUUUCUUGACAGUAAAAAUAAAACAUUUCUGAAAAAAAAAAAAAAAAAAAAGGAUUAGCAAACCGC